UUCACCCUGACUAAUUGCGCAUUUUCUAAAUUCCUGAACCUCAUGCGAGUUUCUCUACUUUUUCGGUUCCAAAGGGACAUCAGAGAUGGUAUGUCCGUGUAUAAAUGUCUAUGGUAGGAUGCAGGAACACAGACAACCUGGUGAGCUUCCAAAAAACUAUCGGUAAAUGUAUUUACAUUGUGCUCUACUUUGUUUAUCUUAUAGAAAAAACCGGCUGUAGCUUAGCAACCACAUUUUCAUAAAGAUACUUUGGAAUUAUUGAAUGAAGACAAAUGUUUAGUAAAUCUGACUUGUAUGUCUGAGUGUUUGUAUAUUCAUGUUGCUGUUGUGUAAAGUCACACCCGUAAUAUUUUAUGGCCCUGUGAGAAAAAAAAAAGAAGCAAAGUUCAGUUUCUGUGAUUUCACAAUACAGAGACGACUCUUUUCUCAGAAGACACAGACGCCAAAUCUGGAGAGAAUUUGAGUUUCAAAUCCCAGGCUGGAAAAGUACAAUGUCUUUGGGCAGGACUCCCCAUCCACCUUCGUCUACAACCACAGAACUACGUUAAAAACCUGCUGGAAGCUCGACAAGAUGAAAAGUUCACAUAAGAAGGAGGAUGGAACCGAGUCUGCUAAGUUCAGAUGUGAGCUCAUGAAGAGUGACCCAUCUAAAGAUGGACCUCAGCACUUCAGAACCGAACCUGGAGCUUCAAAAGGUCAGCAAGGAGUCCCGUCUUUGACGUCCAGCUGUGGGUCUAUGAACAGUGAUCAGUCCAAAAACUGGGUUCCACAUUUCAGUCAUGAACCUGGAGCUUCUGACUCAAAAGGUCAUCAGCUCAUGCAGAAAGUUCAGACUUCAGCAUCCAGCUGUGGGUCCAUGAACAGUGACCAGUCCAAAAACUGGGUUCCCCGUUUUAGUCAUGAACAUGGAUCUUCUAACUCAAACAAAAGAAUCCUUGACAGUUGUAAUGAGGAGGCGCUGUCCCAAUGUGGAUUCUGUCAGCAUGUUCUGAAGGAUCCAGUCUCUAAAAGCUGUGGACACGGGUUCUGUGGACAGGCUGUCAUCUCAUGCUGGAACAUGAAGGAGCUUUUAGAUGAACAUCAGAUCAGUGUGAAGAAGAGAUGUGAACAUGUCACCGAAGGAACUGAUGAAACAGGAAAAAGAACUCUCCUCAAAGAGAUCUACACUGAGCUCUACAUCACAGAGGGGCUGAGAGAAGAGGUUCAAACCCAACAUGAGGUCUGGCAGUUGGAGAUAAAGUCCAAGAUGAAUUAUCUUCAGAACAUUCCAGUUAAAUGCCAGGAUAUCUUCAAGGUCCUAACUGACCAACAUGGAUCCAUCAGAGUAGUUCUGACCAGUGGUGUUGCUGGAGUUGGAAAGACCUUCUUGGUGCAGAAGUUCACUCUGGACUGGGCCGAGGGCUUAGAGAACCAAGACAUCAGUGCAGUGAUUCCUCUUUCAUUCAGGGAGAUGAACUUGAUCAGAGAUGAGCAGCACAGUCUUCUCACUCUCAUCCAAGUUUUCUAUCCAACCUUCCAGAAGAUCACAGCAGAGCAGCUGUCUGUCUGUAAACUUCUCUUCAUCUUUGAUGGUCUGGAUGAAAGCAGACUUUCUCUGGACUUCAACAACAGUCAGGUGGUGUCUGAUGUCACUCAGAAGUCAUCAAUCAAUGUUCUUCUGACAAACCUCAUCCAGGGACAUCUGCUUCCCUCAGCUCUGGUCUGGAUCACUUCCAGACCUGCAGCAGCCAAUCAGAUCCCUCCUUCAUUUGUCUCCAGGGUAACAGAAGUACGAGGCUUCACUGACUCGCAGAAGGAGGAGUACUUCAGGAGGAGAUUCAGUGAUGAAGAUCUGUCCAGCAGAGUCUUCUCCCACAUAAGGACAUCCAAAAGUCUCUCAAUCAUGUGUAAUGUUCCAGUCUUCUGUUGCAUCACAGCUGUAGUUCUGGAGCACAUGCUGACCAAAGAGCAGAAAGGAGAGUUUCCUAAGACCCUAACUGACAUGUACUCACACUUCCUGAUGGUCCAGACAAAGAGGAAGAAGAACAAAUACCAUCAAGAACAGGAGCUGACAGAGGCUGACAUGGACGUUCUCCUGAAGCUGGGGAGGCUGGCCUUUGAACAGCUGGAGAAAGGAAACAUCAUGUUCUACCAAGAAGACCUGGAGCAGUGUGGUCUGGAUGUCACAGAGGCUUCUUUGUACUCUGGAGUUUGUACUAAGAUCUUCAGAAGAGAGUUUGAGAUCUUCCAGAAAGCAGUUUACUGCUUUGUUCAUCUGAGUGUUCAGGAGUUUCUGGCUGCAGUUUACAUGAUCCACUGUUACAAGUCAAAGAAGACAGAGGUGAUUGAGAACCUUCUGGAGAAUCAAACAAGCAUCUCUUCUCUGGAUCAGUUUCUGAACAGAAUCAUGAAGAAAUCUCUGCAGAGUCAAACUGGUCAUCUGGAUCUGUUUGCCCGUUUUGUUCAUGGUCUCUCUUUGGAGUCAAACUGGAUACUCUUGGGAAGUCUUUUGGGUCAGACAGAGAACAAUCCAGAAACCAUCCAGAGAAUUGUCAACAACCUGAAGGAAAUGAAGACCAAUGACAUGUCUCCUGACAGAAGCAUCAACAUCUUCCACUGUCUGGUGGAGAUGAAGGAUCUCUCAGUUCAUCAGGAGAUCCAAGAGUUCCUGAAGUCAGAGGACAGAUCAGAGAAGGAACUUUCAGAGAUCCACUGCUCAGCUCUGGCCUACAUGCUGCAGAUGUCAGAGGAAGUUCUGGAUGAGUUGGACUUGGACAAGUACAACACAACUUUUGAGGGUCGAUGGAGACUGAUCCCAGCAGUGAGGAACUGCAGGAAAUUUCGGCUCGGGGAUGUGUUGAAACCCUCUGAAGUCGAUGAGAACAGAUAUGAACUCUCAGACGCUGACUGUGGAGCUGUGAGCUCAGCUCUGAGAUCCAAGCCCUCCCUUUUGACAGAGCUGGACCUGAGUGGGACCAAGCUGCAAGAAUCAGCCGUGAAAGUUCUGUCUGCUGGACUGGAAAGUCCAAACUGCAAACUAGAGACUUUAAGGUUGGAGAAAUGCAGUUUGUCAAAGAGCAGCUGUGAGGUUCUGAUCUCAGCACUGAAGUCCAACCCAUCUAACCUGAAAGAACUGGUCCUGAGCUGGAACGAGAACCUGCAGGAUUCAGGAAUAAAGCAUCUGGUUGGAUUUCUAGAGAAUCCAAACUGCAGGCUGGAGACUCUGAGGUUAUGGAACUGCGGUCUGUCAGAGAACGGCUGUGCUGCUCUGGUUUCAGCUCUGAAGUCCAACCCGUCCUCUCUGACAGAACUGGUCCUAAGCUGGAGCGACCUCCAAGAUUCAGGGGUUCUUCAUCUGUGUAGUUUUCUGGAGAGUCCUCGCUGCAAACUGAAGACUUUGAGGCUGGAGAACUGUCGCCUAUCACAGACCAGCUGUGAUGCUCUGGUGUCAGCUCUGAGGGACAACCCCUCCCACUUGACGGAACUGGACCUGAAGCUAAAUCACCUGCAGGAUGAAGAUGUUCUGCAGCUUCUUCGUCUGGUGGAAAGUCCUGAUUGCAAACUGGAGACUCUAACAUGGAAGUAAAGAGAAUUUUGAAGAAAACAUGGAGCUUCCUGUUUGGAACCUUCAGUUUACCUGACAAACAGAGAAAAAAGUGAUGGAGGAAGAAUGUCCUUUUAUGAUCUGUCUUUUUUCUGCAAUUUUUUAAAUAAUUUUAGAAAUAUUUGUUUUAUGAUGUGUUCCUCUUAAGAUCCUUUUUGUUUUACCAGAGAACUAAAGUUUACAGAAAAAAAUGUCCCUCAAAAAAAAUGAGUGGAUGGAUUUCAUUAUUCUUUCUCACAUUUUACAUGUUUCCCUUUUAUAGUCAGACUAGAUUGUUUAUAAGUUAGUCCUUCGUGUCUGAUUAUGUUUUCAUUUAUAUUAAAAUAUUCUUAAAAGUUUUUUUUGUAUUCAAGUUGAUGCUAAAUUAAGCGAAAUGCCAGAUUUAAGGGUACGUUGUAAAUUAGCCACAUACAGUGUAAAGGGGUGUAAAGUCUGUAUCUACAACAAGUUGAAUGUAAUAAAGAGGAUGAGGCGUUUGGAUCUAUGUUCAAUAGUGUUUAAUCAUCGACAAGAGCAGUCAAUGGCAGGAACAGGACGUAUAAAAAAACAUAUAUAACAUACAUAUAAAAACACAUACAUGGCUGUCAAGAGAAAGCUGCUCAGUAUGCUUUGCAAGUAGCACAAACAAGACUUCGCAUAGAGCAGCGCUGUGCCAGGUUAAAUACAGUGAAAGUAAAUGCUAAAUGGAGAACAGCUGAUUGGAAGGUUGGGGCUUAAGUAGCAGUGGCUGAUGGGAGAUGUAGUGUGAGAAGAGGAGGCAAGGCGAGAGCCAGAACCCGGGAGAUGGCUCUCUCUAGUGGUCGGCGGAGGGAACAGGGGCCUGACUCAUGACUUUGAAUAAAUGUCAAUAAGAUUUGAAUGCACUAAAGAUAUUUCUAUGACAAAGCAAAAGGCAUUUGAAUGCAUUAAAUACAUUGGUAAAGG